GCCUUUGUACCUUCUAAUUUUGAAAUAAUCAAGCCAAAGUUAGACUUACAAAUCGAGUAUUGCUCACUCAUGAUUAUAUUUCAUUCAAUAUAUUUAGAUUGUAAUUUGACUGCUGUUAAAAUGUAAAUGCCAUAAUAAAAACCACAGCGAUUGGACAAUAAAUACUAAGCAUUUCCACUGCAGCGCUGACAUGCUGAUGACGCAAACCAGUCUCGACACGAUGGUGCAAGAAUAUGGCAGACGCGCCGAUAGAUCAAACGCCAAUUUUGUACGGAUCUCAUAUAGACAAAACAUAUCGGUAAGCAAACCUCAUAUACGGGAUGGUAACCAAGCCCAGAGCAUGUGAUGUAGCUGAGCCUGACCUGAAAGCAUGGGGCUAAGGCUGGUUGACAAGCAAGGGCCUCAGAGCCAGAAGAUGGUGAUCUUUGGAGCCAUCUUCCUCCUGAUGACUCUACUCAUCCUCUACAGCUCCAACAGUGGCAAUGAUAUCAGUCCUUUCUACAGUCCUUUCCGGGUCUCUAUACCUCAUCAUGCCAUCAAGGUCACUGACCUUAAGAAAUGGGCGGGAAAGGAGGGAUAUGUGGCUGUCUAUGGAAACAAGAGCAUGAACCUGCACUGCCAUCACUGCGCCCUGGUGACCAGCUCCAGUCACGUGCUGGGCAGCGGAGCAGGACCAGACAUAGACAGCACCCAGUGUGUAAUCCGCAUGAACGACGCCCCCACUUCAGGGUUCGAAAGAGACGUGGGGAACCGGACCACGCUCCGAGUGGUGGCCCACUCCAGCGUGUUCCGGGUGGUCCGUCGCCCUGGCGAGUUCCUCAACCACACGGACCACAAGUCAGACUCUGCGGUCAUAUUCUGGGGGCCACCCAGCAAAAUUGGCAGAGAUGCUAAAGGGACACUGUACCGCCUGAUCCAAAGAGUCAGCAUGACCUACAGUAGCCUGUCCAGCUUCACCAUCACACCCAGCAAGAUGCACAAGUUUGAUACUCUGUUUCAGAAGGAGACCGGGCGAGACAGAGCAAAAUCUCAGUCCUGGUUGAGCACUGGCUGGUUCACCAUGGUGAUUGCCAUCGAGAUGUGUGACAAUAUCAAAGUAUACGGAAUGGUUCCGCCCAGCCACUGUGGAAGCCUGACGAAGACAUUCAGGUCGAAACGUUGCACUAUUAAACAGCGGGGGGAGCAUUCAGCACUGUGCGGAAAAAGGGCCCAGCCCAAGAAGAUGCCCUACCACUACUACAAGCCCCGGGGCCCAGACGAAUGCGUGACCUACCUGCAGAACGAGAGGGGUCGGAAGGGGCCCCACCAUCGCUUCAUCACAGAGAAACAGGUGUUUGCACGCUGGGCCAGGCAGUAUAACAUCACCUUCACCCACCCGGCGUGGUGAGAGAAGACGGGUGUCUGCGGCCAGGUCGUGGGCUUCGUACACGUGCACCCGGACGGAGCAACGUUUGGGCCAAACUGAGCGGAUGAUGAUGUAGAUUUAUAGGCCAACUGGUUUGGCCUGUUAACGAAUGCACCAAAGUCAAUGGGAUCGUGUUGGAAAGAGCCGUGUGAAAAGAGAAUGGCAGAGCCGGCAGAAUACGGCCCAGACCUGUGCCUAGUAUGUCAAUCAGGCAAUAUUGAAUUAUAUAAUUCAUUUUCCUUCUAGAUCACGUGUUCGUCAGAGUUACCCCUUAUUUGAACAGUAGCCAUUUCUGUGAGAACUUGGUUUGUAACCAUUUAAACUAUGUCUGAAUGCAGUUUUCCAGUGACAAACUAGCUAACAUAAAGAAGUAGAGUGUAAAAUCUAAAUUUUACUGGAUUUUUUUUAGUGUUUGGCAAGGAGGUUUGAAGAGGGAAACUAACAAUGUUUAUUGUAAAUAGAAGAAAAUAAUUGUUAUUUAAAAGAUGUAUUUUUACAUGUUUAUAAAUUUUUUGUUAAAAGCACACGCAAAUAACUAAAAUAUCAACAUUCCCAUUCUGAGGGAAAAUGUAUUAUACAAGAAGUUAAGGAACACAUUUGAGACCUUAUGGGUUAGUUUUUGCAGACAGGUUAGGACUUGACCAUGACUAAAAUCAAGAUUAUUAACAUUUUAGCCUAAUCUGUGUCCGAAACUGGCCCUUCAUGCUUACAGACAGGAUGGCACAAGUGAACUGUUUUCUGUUGCAUCAUCUCAUUCAAUCAAACCUUGUGUAAGUGUUAACACAGUUAAUAAAAAUGUUUUUCUUUUAAUAAAAAAAAUAAAUCAGGGCCACAUUUUCCAAAAGUUAACCAUCAUACAAUAUGAUUAAAUGUUUAGAAAUAUAAUGAACAGAACAAUUUGUUCACUUGAAUGGGGACUUCUGUUCAUUGCAUGUCUAUACAUUUCAUUCUGAUUAACAAAAUCUAUAUAGACUUUCGAGAAAAUAGUCCCUAAAACACUUUAAGCUUACAUUUAUAGAGCUGUAGUUUGGCGUGUGCCAACACAACACUAUCACACCAUGCCUGUUGAAUGUAGGGGUGUGAGGUUUUUAAAGGCAUUCACACAACUGUGCUGUAUUAAAUACUGUUGUUUUCUUUAGCCUGCUAAACCACAACCUGGUCAGUAAACCUUGCUUUGUUAACCUUGUACCUCUGACAUCGAGGCAUGCAGCUGUCUGAGCGUUUGAAUGACUCAAAAGAAUGUAUUGUUUUACUUAUUGAAAGCAUUGUGCUGAAUGACUAUUCAUGAAUGUUUUGUCUUGAAACAAAUUACAUACCUUUAAAAU